CUCCAGGCGAACCAGAAGACAUCCGUGCGGUUUCUUCACCCCGCGUACAUGAGCUUGCAGCUGAGCAGGAGAGCCGGGGCUCUCAGCACCCAGCAGCAGCGACUGCUGACGAACCUCAACGGGUUGGUCGUGCAGAGCUCCAUCCUCAGCGUUGCCGAUCUCUUCCCUGGUUCACCUCCUGGCAACGUGUCCAUCCCGGGAUACUUCUACGCGGAGGUCUGGGUGCUCCAGGGGCUGGAUAUGCAGACGGGUGACUUUGCAGCUUCUCUUGACAGCAGGGCUGCCUUCCAACCGUGUAUCACUGCGCGCGAUGUCGCCACCUGCUGCCUGUCCAGUCAGCAAUGCUGUGUCGAUAGCCAGUGCCAGUACCCUUCGAGUGUAGAGGUUGCCUUCGGCUUUACCAUAGUCCAGCAGAACAUGUUUCCUUCGCUCUCGUCGGACGUCUACGAGGUGGAGCUGGGCAUGUUCCCCGGCGACCCCUUCCAGCUCCUCGACUCUCGAGCCAUCCUCAACGGGACGGCAGUCGUUCAUGUCACCAAGAGGCCAGCAGUCGCAGUGGAGGACGUGUCUUACAUCAUUCGAUUGCCCAUGAGUGAGGCUCUGGCAGUCUCGAUGCUCGAGAGCAAGGAGUUUGCGCCUGCGUGCUUGCGGUGGAAUCCCUCGACCCUCAGCUGGUCGACCUUCGGGGUGACGCAGAGCAGGGGCUUCACUGCGACCAAGAGGAUGUGCGCCAACACCUCGAGCGCGGUCACGUGCUCGUACUUCAUCGAGUGCUCCUCCUCCUACACAGGGUACUUCACCAUCGUGAAGAGCAAGCUGGACUGCUUCGGGGUCCCCCUGGGCUCGGCAGUCUUGGACGCCUGCGGGGUCUGUAACGGCGACAACUCAACGUGCUCGGGUUGCAACGGCAUCCCGAACAUGUACGAUGCGGGAGUGAAGCUGGACAAGGCUUGCUCGGGGCAUGGGCAGUGCCAGGGGUCGCCGCAGUGUGUCUGCUGCUCGGACAACAAGUACGAGAUCAGCUACACCAGCCCCGACGGCCAGGUCUUGACCACCUGCCCCUGGUUCGGGCCCCGGGCCACGAGCGGCUCGUCCUCGCUCGGAGCGACUCAGACGAUAGACUGCAGCUCUCAUGGGAGGUGCGAGACUGUGAACGGAACCCUGACCUGCGCCUGCGACUUGGGAUGGGAAAACUCGGACGGGAAGUUCUGUAACAAGGAGGUUGUGGUAGUGCAAAGCUUGAGCCGAUCGUUGCAGCUCUUCUUCUAUGCUGGUCUUCCAAUCAUCUGCUGCUUCCUGCUCAUGUUCACGUUCCUGUCGUGGAGGCACGUGUCAAGGAAGCAUCGGAACAUCUUGAAGGUGAGCAAGGAGGUGAACAGGUCGCUGUUGGAGUUGGAAACAAGCAGCCAGGUAGCAGGCGAGGUUCAAGAGCUGAGCGAAGAGAGCUCGACGACUCAUUCGCAUCCUGAGGAUCACAAUGUGCCAGAGGUUGGCAAGGAUGAAGGCUCCAGGGCCAUUCAGCUUGUAGCUGGGAAGGAGCUGGAGAUUCCUUCGGUAACCGCCUUCUUGACUACGUCAAAGUUCGAGGCGAUCUCGGACACCUGCCCCUCAGACCCGGUGGUGAUGAAGACGUUCCAACGGCUGGAGAGGCUCAAGCAAAAGAUCAGCUCCGACAAGUCCUUCCGGAAUGUUGCCGAGACUUUUCACGAUCACGUCGACAUGAACAAACUCGCAAAGGCGGGUGAACGCAUGCCGACGUCGCUCAAGAAGGCCAAGGUGGAAGAAGAUGCCCAAGUUGAAGUGCCAGGAGGCUUCAUGCAGCAGCGCCAGCGCAAGAUGAUGGCAAUAAGCCAAGGGAGAGCAGCCUCUGCACUGCCAAGCUUCAUGGAGCGGAAGAAAGAGAUGAUCAGGAGGAAGAAGAGCCAUGAGGUGGUCUUGUCGUCAGGCUCGAACAGAAAGAAGGACGCAGGCACAGAGCAAGACAAGUCAACUUCAACUUCCUCUGAAGGAAAAUCAUCCAGCAACGAGGGCGCGAUCGCUUCAGUGUGAAAGUGAAGACACAAGCUCGAAGGGACAGCGAUGUUCCUAGUUGGUACAGUUUUUGAUAGUAAAGCUAAUGUAGUCUG